GCGAGCCGUGCUCCGGGGAGUCCCAACAGAGCCGGCAUCUGGGAAGAGAAACUUGCGGACGCGGCCGGGCUCCUUGCCGCCGCCCCCCAUCCGACCCCGCCCCACCCUCUGAAGUGCUUGGAGGAGGGUCCUUGGGUCCUGCGGGAGGCAGGGGCCACCACCUGGCCCGCCCCUUGUCGCUGGACUUCCGAAGAUCGGGCCCCUUCCCCCGCCGCGCCGUCACCGCUUCUCGGGGUGCCCCGCCCCGCCCCACCCGGAGGGAGGGGCCGCACGGGGCCGGGACAGGACCGCCUGGGACCCCGAGAGGCUGUCGCAGCGGACCCGGAGUCCGGACCUCCGCCCCCUCCCGCGCCCUCUCAACCCUCCCGGGACCCCCAGCGCCCCUGGGCCUUCCGCUGGACGCCCCCCACAUCGUGCCCUCCAGGGCCCCGGACCCCCGGCGCGGUCCCCAGUCCUCCUGCGCCCCUCCUAUCCUGCGUCGGCUCCCCGCGAGCCUCUACGGGCCCCUGACCUCUGCCCCCAGGACCCCAGAGCGGCCCGGGCCAGGCCCCCUCGAGCCCCGCCGGCCGCCCAGGCGGGAGCGCGCCAUGCUCCGGCUCCUGGCCCUGCUGCUCCCGCUGCUGCCGCCCCCCGCGCGCGCCUCGGAGCCCGCGGCGCAGGACGUCAGCCUGGGCGUGGACUGGCUGACCCGCUAUGGCUACCUGCCGCCGCCCCACCCUGCCCAGGCCCAGCUGCAGAGCCCUGCAAAGCUGCGCGAUGCCAUCAAGGUCAUGCAGAGGUUUGCUGGGCUGCCUGAGACAGGCCUCCUGGACCGAGGGACAGUGGCUGCCAUGCAUAAGCCCCGCUGCUCCCUGCCUGACGUGCUGGGGGUGGCAGGGCUGGUCAAGCGGCGCCGCCGAUAUGCCCUGAGUGGCAGCAUGUGGAAGAAGCGAACCCUGACAUGGAGGGUACAGUCCUUCCCCCAGAGCUCCGCGCUGAGCCAGGAGACGGUGCGGACCCUCAUGCACCACGCCUUGACCGCCUGGGGCGUUGAGUCAGGCCUCAGAUUCCGGGAGGUGGGUUCUCAGGGCCCCAGCGAGCCCGACAUCCUCAUCGACUUUGCCCGGGCAUACCACCAGGACAGUUACCCCUUCGACGGGCAAGGGGGCACCCUCGCCCAUGCCUUCUUCCCCGGGGAGCACUCCAUCUCUGGGGACACUCACUUCGACGAUGAGGAGACCUGGACUUUUGGGUCAAAAGAUGGUGAGGGGACGGACCUGUUUGCAGUGGCUGUUCAUGAGUUUGGCCAUGCCCUGGGCCUGGGCCACUCGUCAGCACCUGACUCCAUCAUGAGGCCCUUCUACCAGGGCCCGGUGGGUAACCCGGCUGAGUACCGCCUGUCCCAGGAUGACAGGGAAGGCCUGCAGCAGCUCUACGGGAAAGCGCCCCAAACCCCCUAUGACAAGCCCACAAGGAAACCCCUGGCUCCUCCUCCCCCGCCCCCUGCUCUGCCCCCAGACAGCCCCUCCCUCCCCGGCCCUGAUCGCUGCGAGGGCAAUUUUGACGCCAUCGCCAACAUCCGUGGGGAAACCUUCUUCUUCAAAGGCCCCUGGUUCUGGCGCCUCCAGCCCUCGGGACAGCUGGUGUCCCCCCGGCCCGCGCGGCUCCAUCGCUUCUGGGAGGGGCUACCGGCCCAGGUGCAGGUCAUCCAGGCGGCCUACGCCCGGCACCCGGACGGCCGCAUCCUCCUCUUCAGCGGCCCCCAGUUCUGGGUGUUCCAGGACCGGCAGCUGGAGGGCGCCGCGCGGCCGCUCUCCGAUCUGGGGCUGCCCCCGGGGGAGGCGGUGGACGCCGUGUUCUCGUGGCCGCUGAACGGGAAGACCUACCUGAUCCGGGGCCGGCGCUACUGGCGCUACGACGAGGCGGCGGCGCGCCCGGACCCCGGCUACCCGCGCGACCUGAGCCUCUGGGAGGGGGCGCCUCCGGCCCCCGACGAUGUCACCGUCAGCAACACAGGGGACACCUACUUCUUCAAGGGCGCCCACUACUGGCGCUUUCCCAAGGGCAGCGUCCAGGCCGAGCCGGACUCGCCCCAACCCAUGGGCCCCAAGUGGCUGGACUGCCCGGCCCCCAGCGCUGGCCCUCGCGCCCCCAGGACCCCCAAAGCCACCCUCAAGCCCGGACCCUGCGAUUGUCAGUGCGAGAUCAAUCAGGCCGCGGGGCGGGGGUCCGUGUCCCUCCUGCUGCCCCUUCUGUCCCUGCUGGUGGGGGGCGUCACCUCCCGCUGACGGGGACCAGGCCGCUAGGAGGAAGGGGCCGGAUCUCCUGCUGGAGGCGGGUGCAUCGCUGCCCAGCCCCAUCCUCUGUUCCCAGGGGCGGGGCUGGGCCCGGGUGCAGCUGGGCGGAUGCAAGUGGAGCUAAGCCCUGGGGACAGGGGACAAAGGC